AUGGAGGCUAAGCUGAAAAAAAAAAAAUUUCUGAACAACCUUCAGCACAAUAUUUGUAAAAAUUACAAACUCUACCAUAACGACUUCUACGAACAGUUCGACAAAUUCCUUUUCAAUUACAGUGUGGUUUUGUUGAAUCCUUUUAAGAAGAAUGAUUUGUUUUGCCACCAGCUUUCAUUCUUAAGCUACACAGUCCGAUUUUUCUGCCCCAGCAAGGAGACAGGUGGAGGUUAUGCCGAUGGAAUAGAAGAUGAUAAUGUCAGUGAAGAGGAAGAUGGAAUAGAAGCUAGUGGCAGUGAAGAGGAAGAUGGAACAGAAAUUAGUAACAGUGAGGAGGAAGAACUACUGAGCUUGAAUCUUGCGGAGAAGAGAAAAGAAAUAUGGGAAAAGAUGAAAAGGAAAGAAGGAACAGAAAGAGACCCCAGAGGUAUUAAAAGGGAGGAGAAGCAGAAGAUGAACCCGUUAAUUCCUCACGAGGAUCUAAACGAAUACCUAAAUGGAUUAAUGAUAACGAGAAAAGAAGAAAUAAAUUAUGCAGAGGAGCUAUUUUUCCUAAUUAGUCAGCUAAUAGUGCUUCACAAACAUAAUUUAUACGUCUCAGUUUUGUUAAGCAUACUGAAAACAAUUAGACAAAUAAAAAGGUACAUAGAUGUGAUGAGUUACUUACAGGUUCUGAUAUUUUUAAGUGAUGUGAAACUGAGCAGAGUAAAGAUUAUACUCUUCAAAAAUGUUAUUGAGAUAGUCACAUACAUAAACAGAGGUCCUAAGAAGGGAGAAAAAAAACUCCCUAGUGAAACGUUGGGAGAUCUAAAACUGAAAGAUGAAAUUUUACAUCUUUUGCAUGAAGCAUUUAUAGAAAAUAGCCAAAAAAAGCGGAUUCAAAAAAAGUACUCGAGUGGCAUUAUGGCAAGAAAAUAUUACCUAACCAAUGUACAGUUAACAGAGAGUUUCAACAAUUUUGCAUGCAGUGUACUAAUUGAACUAAUUAAAAAAAAUAUUUACGUAACAAAAAAAAAUAUAAACUUCAUAUGUGAAGGGGUAUUUUAUAAAAAUGCCAAAAUUGUGAAAUGUGUUUGUUUUGCCUUACUAGGAAAAUUAGACAAUAAAGAUUUUGUGGUUAAAAUGGCCAAAGAAAAAAUAGAUGCAAAUAAACAAAUCGAUAAUUUAAAAAACAUAAGUAAUCAAACUCACCAAAAAUUAACGAAAUCCAAGAUUAAGAAGUUACAUUUGAAAAAAGAAAAAAUUAUGAACCAGAUUUAUAAUAAUAACCACAAAGGGGAAAAUUCAUCUGACGAUGAUCAAGGAGAAUGUAAUAAUGGGAAAAUAAAUAAAAUUUCAAAAAACGCCAAUUAUACCUUUAUCGAUUUUUUAUUUGAUGCGCACACAUUUGCCUCUAACAUAUUCAAUUUAAUUUGUUCAAAAUAUCGAUUCAAUCAUGGAUCAGUUAAAUUGCUACUUCUGAAUAUUUUAUGUAGAAUUUACCAGAGGAAUAAUAUUAUUGAAGAAAACUUUUUUCUUUAUUAUGAACAUGUACUAUUCAAUUUAAAAAAUAAAAAUAUAUUGCCAAAAUAUUUAUCCAUAUUUAUUCAGUGUAUUCAUGAUUGCAUUCACCCACAUUACAUACAACGAAUUGUUAAUGUGCUGAUUAAAAAAUUUUUAUGCGAAAAUUUAUCAGAAGAGUUUGUUUAUCUAAUUAUUAACACCAUUAUAGAAAUUGUUAUCAAAUCCCCAGGAUGUCUAAAUGAAGAAAUAUUUGAAUCCGUUAUUGUUUUUAAAGACUACAAAAAUAAAAAUAUAUCUAUUCUCAUUAAACGAUUCAUUAAUCUUUGCAAAAAUAUCAAUCCGGACGUUUUGAAUAAAAAAUUUCUCGAUAAAAAAACUGCCUUGCUUAUGCAGAGGAGAAAAAUUCUUAGCUCAUCAGGCCAUGGCACAACAGUACCGGAUGCUGGUUCGAUCUUGCAAUAUUCAUAUCUCCUGCAUGCGGCGCGAGAGGCCACAGAUGUGGAAGAGGUGGAUGAAGCUGCAGGAGCAGAAGUUGAAUCGGCAGAAGAAGCUGGAUCAGCAGAAGAAGCUGAAUCAGUAGAAGAAGCUGAAUCAGUAGAAGAAGCUGAAUCAGUAGAUGAAACUGGAUCCGCAGAAGAAGCUGGAUCAGUAGAUGAAACUGGAUCAGUAGAUGAAACUGGAUCAGCAGAAGAAGCUGGAUCAGUAGAUGAAGCUGGAUCAGUAGAUGAAGCUGGAUCAGCAGAAGAAGCUGAAUCAGUAGAAGAAGCUGAAUCAGCAGAUGAAGCUGGAUUAGUAGAUGAGGACAAAUCAGGAGCUGCACCAAUGAAUGAAUCAAAGACCACCUUACAGGGCGCUGUGAAUUCGCAGGGGAGGGGCAGAAGCAGCAAAGAGGAUAGAAAAACGAAAGGGAAAGACACAAAAAUAAAAAGAGAACUUUUCAUCAUGGAAAAGAACGAACAAGUAUUGAGUGAGCGAAUUUUAACAGAUGAAGAUUUUAAGAAAUUAAAACGGAUGCGUGAUUAUAUUACAAACAAUAAGAAUGUACACAUGUCCGAUUUGCAGGAUAUAUGUAACGCAGAGUAUAGCAAUGAAGAAUCGGAUAGCAGUAAUGAAGGAGAGGGAAGAGAAAAGAUUAUAACAGAUCAAGAUCUAGUGCUUAAAAAAAAACUAAAAAAACAUGAAUUGAUGAAAAUGAAAGUAAAAAAAAAGGGAGAAAAUGAUAAUCGUUAUAAAACGAAUAAGGAAAAGGAAAAGAAAAAAUCAGUUAUGAUGUUGAUGCAGAAAUUAAAGAGGAAGAAAAAAAACACAGUUACUCAGUAUGGGAAACUUAAGAAGAAACUCAAGGGAAAACUUGCGGCUAGAGCAAAGAAGAGGGGAAUUUUACAAAAGCGAAUUGCUAAGAAGUUGAGUAGGAGGCGUCGUUGA